CAACUCAGCGUAUGAUACGGAUACUAUCACAGAUCAGUAAGAUGCUUCAGACUCCGAAUUUUUCCCAAAUCCUCACUGCAGAGUUUUCGCAGAAAUAAAAUCCCCCCGAAUUUCACCUUCCUGCCAUUGGACAUCAAUCGAGAUUUCCAUUCCCCCGACACUUUUGUCCGACACUUUUGUUCGACCGGCUUCCCGGUCCAAUUCGCUACAAUCCCCUACUCCUCACUCAUCGUCCGCGUAGGGUUCAUCGCUAGUAAAUUUAUCGCAGUAUCCGCUGGCGCCUUUGCAAUCCGGUUCGCGCCACGAAAUGCCCCAAAAAAUACCCCGGACUGGGUUGGCCACAAAACUAACCGGGAAAAACAAGCCUUCUCGAGGCUAAAAUCUACCGAAUUAGCAACUGGAGUAAGCUCUUCCUCAACUCGAUCAAAGCUAAUCAAAAUUCGCCACAGAUCUCAUGCAAAGGAGUCCAAGUGCUCCUACUCUUGCCAAGCUCCUGGUGCAGUGCGAAAACAAUGAAGAUACGGUACUCGUACAGUACAACACUUGCGCACGCACACACCUGGCGAUCCUACUGCAGUCCCGAGGGUCCCGUUGCGCUCCCGUAGCUAAUGUUUGGGCCACUUUCAAUAGCAGAGGCUGAGGGCUCCACUGCUCUUGCUUGCCUAGGCCCUCUUCUAUGGCCGACCCCUCCAGAUGCUUCAUGGUGCCUACCGUACUCAUACAGCACGAGUACAGUCAACCAUGCUCCCCUACGCGGUGCCUCACUCGGCUAAUGAGGCUGGGGGGUGGUGCAUGUACUGUAACCCGAAAUAGCGCUUAGUCUAGCCCCUGCCUGAUAACUGGUAGUACAGGAGCAGGAUGUGGUCCGUUAGUAAUUGUGGAUAAGGGAGAUAGCAUAAGCCAUACAGCCCCAGAAUAAGCGACACGGAGAUGCCGCUUAGAGAUUUUUAUCUGGGCCAGCGCGGGCAGGGUGCACCAGUCUAUCGUGUUUUGUGCUUUUGCUAAGUGGGGUCGAGAAAAG